GUUCAUUUUACUUCGUUUGUGUCUGCUAUUCGGUGUGGAGGUUUAAUCAAAUUUUGAAAAAUACUUAAAAAUGCACCACUGUGUCACAACAAUAACAAUAUUGUUUGUGUUUUAUUUCAAUGCAGUUUGCGAAGGCAUUACUUUUAACCACGAGUUAGAUGAGUAUUUAAGCAAACAGUCAAUUGCUCUUGAAGCUGAAGAGUAUAAAAGAAUUAAAAAAUGGGAUGAAAAUGAAAAGCUCAUUGUGCUAUUCGAAAAUAAUGCACAAUUAUCCAAUGAACCAAACAAUAUUAUACAAAGUGUUAGUGCCUACAAUCAUACGUGUAUUCUUUUAAAAAAUAGUAUACAGUGCGUCCCAAAAAGUGAUAAUUUAAAAUCAAAAACAAUAAAUAAUGCUGAUAUUUUAUCCAAUAUAUAUUCAAUGCAGAGUUACCAACAUAAAGGCACCGCGUAUGCAAGUAUAGUCUACAAAAAUAACACAAUGAUAUUGUAUAGUUUAACAACAGAAUUUGGUUUUGAAUAUUUACAAUCAAUAUCAUUCCACAAUAUAUCAGAUGUGAAAUUUUUUAAAGAACAAAAUGAGUUAUACUUAAUGGUGGCCACAAAAUUGGAGAAAGAUGAAGUCCAUGGGUAUUUAAUACUUUACAAAUACUCAGGCUCAUAUUUCGAUGAGACUCUCAAAAUUCUCACCAAACCUGUAUUAAAAAUAAAAGCUCUGGAUAAUUCUGGAAUAAUAGUAACAUUAGAUGAUCAAAAUUACGUUUCAACUUAUGAGCUAAAUUACGGGCAAAUAAAAAAAUUGCAGAAAAUUCAAAACGAACACCCAGUAAACAUCGUUACGUAUAACACCAAAUCCAAAAAAUAUUUGGCUAUAUUUGAGCAAUCUGGAUAUCACAGUAUAUAUUAUUGGAAAGAUGAUUAUUUUAGACUCCUACAGAAUUUUUACUUUGAUUCCAAAGUUAUAUCAAGCACUAUAAUAAAUCACAAAAAUACUCCGUAUAUGAUACUUUUUGGUGCGAAAUAUAUCACAGUAUUAAACUUGAAUAAAAAUAAAUUUGUUAGUCAAGAAACAUACAAGGAUUAUAUAACUCAUGUUCAUUAUAUUCAAUUUAGUGAUCAAAUUCUAAAUGAUGGAUUCGUGAUAUACCGAGAUAAUGCAGUACAAUUCAAAUUAUCUAAAAUUUCUCUUAGCAUGCAAAUUGAUGCCGAAGACGGUUUAUCGGAUAUUCAAAGCUGCUUCGCGCAGUUAAAAAAUUCGCUGAACUUUAAGGUUUAUGGAAAAAAUAGCAAAUUUGUCGAAAGUUUACCAACAUUCAAUCAAACUCAAAGUGAGGCUGCUUUUGGUAAUGUUGUUUCUCAAGAGUUGAGAGGGGACAACCCUGAAUCGAUAAUAACUGAAGUGGAUUCCGUAUUGAACAACCUAAAAUCAAAGUUACUUUUCCUGAGAGAAACAAUUGAUAAUUAUAACCAAGUUCAGGACAAUCAUUUAGUUGUAAAAGGCGAUGCCAUCAUAAAAAACAUCAAAGUCAAUACAUUGAAAGGUGACGAUGUAAAUUUUGGAAUUGUCAACGAUUUGGAGUGGAGUCCCGAGCACUGGUUGCAAUAUAAUACCGAACAACUCAUCACUGGACAGUUCUCAGUGAAUAAUCUUACUGUUAAACAUCUCAAUGUUAACCCAGUCCCAGAUAUUUUUAAAGAUAUGCUUGUAAAGAAUUCAAACGAAAAACUGGUUAUUGAUGUCCCAGUUGCACUUCAACAUCUCACAGUGAACAAAAUGAUAUCCAAUGUCAUAAACGACAUAAACAUCAGUGAUAUUUAUAACAAAAAUUCCAAUGAAGCGGUCAAAGGUGUCAAAAUAUUCGACAAUUUGAAUGUUCACGAAGCCAAAAUCAAACAUCUAAAUAACGAUGUCCCCGACGGAAUUCUAUCAAACUUCGCGAACAGCAAGCUAAAUAACUUCGAUAGAAUGGUGGAAAUCGAAAAUUUAUGGGUGGAUGAGAUCGAUCAAAUAAAUUGGGAUGCAUUUAGUAAAUCGGUUUUCCGGGUCGGCAAGACUGACACCAUUGAAGGUGACCUAACUUUGACCAAGUUCCUGACUGAUCGACUUAAACUGAAAAAACUUAACGGCAAACCAAUUGAUGAUCUUUUAACAACCAGCACUGAUCAGACAGUGAAAUCGACGGUGAUAUUCAAGAAUAUUUUCACGCAAAAAUCCACUGUGGAAAAAAUCAACGACGUGCCCUUCGAUAACUUUGUGUUUCUUAAGGAGAAUGUUAAACCAACAAUCAAAGGUAUAGUGAAAAUCGAUAAGGCCGUGGUUAAUGAAAAAUUAGAACUCAUCGGAGACUUUGCUGAUGUCUACAUGAAGGAGGGAGCUCAUAUAAUCGGUACAAACGAGUCUGAUUUGCUACAAGUAUAUAACGAUGAAGUGCACAUCAAAGGUGAUCUUUACGUAAGCAACCUGGACAUAUGGGAUGACACCAAGUUGAUUUUAUCCAACGAAAACUUCAAUUUGGACUUCAAGAAAUAUUGGAACAAAUCUGCAGAACAUCAGGUCAUUGAUGUGCAUGUUGAAGCUCUUCGAGGCAUGACAACAUCGAGCCUAAGAACAAAUCUGAUAAACAAUAGAAACAUAAAUCAAUUCAUGCGCAAUACCGAUCAACCUCAAGCCAAGACGAACUUCCACUUUGAAAAUAUAACGAUUGCAGGCAAUCUUAUAUUGGACGAUAAUCAAAUGCACACGCCGGAUUUGAAGAAAAUAGAUGCAGACGGAGUCAAAACCACGGGUAGUUUUAAUAUAAAGGGUAAAAAAACUUUCAUUGAUACUGUGAGGGCGGAAAAACUGAACACCAAUUACCUGGGCGGCAUCGAUAUGCUUGACGUUGUAAAUAGAAAUCAAAAGGUUUCCAUAACUGGGAGGAAGGUGUUUGGAAAUGUCACCAUAAGAGAAAAUUUGAUUGGUAAAAAUUUGGAGCUGGGUAAAAUAAAUGAUAAGGAUGUUAGCGGUAUUUUUGAGGAUGCUUAUUUUCUGGAUAAACCUGGAGAUAUGUCGAAUCUUAACUUUGAAGAUGUUACAGUGAACAAUUUGAAUACUGAACGUAUUAAUGGACAUAAUAUCAACGACCAUAUAAAGAAAAUGGAAACGAUGUAUGCAACUACCAAGAUUAAAGAUAUUUUUAUCAUUGGAAAUCUCACCAUAAACUCGUUGGAUAACGUGGAUAAAAUCAAUGACAUUGAUUUUGAAGAUUUGAUCAAAAACGAAACCGCAACAAAAGUUAUAACAAACGUUGUUAAUUUUACCGAAACAAUUACUGUGGAUAAUCUUAUAGUUAAAGUGAUAAACGAUGUUGACUUUGAAAUACUCACCAGUAGGAUUUUUUAUAAGGGAGGUGAUCAAGAAAUCACAGCUCCUUAUACAUUUGAAAACCUUAAAGCUAACAACAUAUUUGUCAACAAAAUCAACAACAUUUCGUUCGACGACAUGGUGGAUACCGAUGGUAUUCUAUACAUAUCCACCGAUUUGAACAUCAAAAAAGCCCACAUGGAGUCACUACAAGCUCAGAAAGUACUACCCUGUGAUUUGGCGGAUGUAAUGAAGUACGCAAACAGUCCAAAUCCCAACCUCUGGAUGAACGUUAAUGUAUCUGGGAAUGCCACGUUUUUGGACGACACAUGCGAUAUAUCCAGGAUUUUGUUAAAGACCGUUAAAAAUAAUGGCGUCAAUUUCAUUGAAGAAGAGGUGAACAUAAAUGCUCAUCUUGCAGCUGAAAAUAUAGAUAUAAAAAAUGGAUUUAUCAAUGACAUAGAUGUGGAAGAAAUAUUGGAUGAUGUUGUGUUGAAGAGUUCUGAUGAUAUACAAUAUAUUUCUGGGAGGAAAGUUUUUCCACAAGCCUUUAUAAGCUCUGGAGCUGUUAGAGGAAAUGCUGAUGUGCCAGUUAUCAACAACAUUUUGCUGUCGGAGUUGGAUCGUAGAAUGAUUCGAAAAGAUUUCAUUGAAAGUGAUGUGAUAACAGGGCGAAAAACAUUUUUUGGUGGACUUCAAACUAAGAAAAUUGUCUGCAAUAUCAUUUCCAAUAUACCUCCAGAAAAUAUCGCCACAUUCACUAAGGAAUUGGUGGUUCCAAACACCAUUUUCGAGGCUAUUGAAGUCGAUAAUAUGACAGUUGAAAAUGUCAACAAUCACAACCUAAAAAAGGUUUUGGAAAACAAACUUCUCCAGAAUUCAGAGGAAAAACAAUUCACCAAUGCCACAUAUUUCUUUGAAAGUAUUGAUAUAAAUGAAAAUUUAAUAACUCCUUUCAUCAACGAUGUGAUGAUUGACAAUAUGGUAGUGGAUGAAGGAAUUCAGAACAUACGUAGCCCAAAAACGUUUAGAAAAAAAAUAACCAUCGUUGGUAAUACUCAAAUGGAUUAUAUCGAUGGUUACCACUUAUCGGAAACAUACGAAAAAUUGAUAUUGUUUAGUGAGCCAGCUCGUAUUAAGGGAUCUAUAACUUUACAAUCACCCAAUGAAAUGAUGGGAAGUAUACAAGCUAAAAGUAUCAAUGGUCAUUCUGUAGAAUACAUCAACGACAUAUUAAGUAUGCAGUCGACAAAUCUCAGAGUUAGCUCUGUGUAUACAAACAAAAAUGAAAUAAAUCGAAAUGUAGAUAGAAUGCUUAAUUUAACCCAAAAUCUACCUUCAGACCUACUUUACAUCGAAACAUCGAAAAUCCUGGAUGUACAAGCACCCAAUAUAAUCGACUCCAAAAGCGCUGAAUCUGCAGGUCAUGUUUUAAUACAUCUAACAAGUGAGGAAGAUGGUCAUUUCUGCGGUUUACCAGAUCAUUGCAAAUGCCCCACGCAGCAGUCAAUCGAAAUAACACCCACGCAUUCUAUAAACACCUUCUUCAACAAAGCUGUGCAGAGAACUUACACAUACGACGAUGAUGACAUGAUUUUGAAUGUGAUCACCAACAGUAUCAGCAGCGAUGCCGAUUGCAGACGUGAUGUCACAACGGCUUUGCAAGAAGUUACUUCAGUUACUUGGAGUACAAAGAGCAGUGCGCAUAGAAACGGCUCUUUCCACAUAUUUAACGAAUUUAUUACUGGUUAUGUAAGCGGAGUGGAGUUUUUUACAAUUGAAGGCAUAACAUAUGCAGUUAUUGGUAUUUAUUAUGACCCAGUUCUUGAUUCGCAUGAUGUCACUUCAAGGGUGAUACGAUUUGAUGAGGAUAAGAGCGAUGGUACCACAAUACAAUGGUUACCUAGUAGAGGUUUAAAAACUUUAUACCUAUUCCAUACGGCUCAAGGAAUUAUACUGAUAAUGGGAAACUUCGAAGAAACUGAAAUUUACCGGUUUGAUAUGGAAAAUCAACAAUUUGUGCUACUGCGCACUAUACCUUCUUAUGGAUGCUCAGCAGCCACUGGUGUGGUAUUGAGCAGGGACAGUCUUAUAGUUCUAGCUCACGAUACAGCCCCUAUAGUUGUUCUCAAAUACAACCCCGUAUAUGACAACUAUCAUUACUAUCAGAGUUUUCAUAUGGAUGGUCCUGUUUCAGGAAUAUCAGUAUUUUAUACAGGAGGUUUUGGUAUUAGUGACGCAUAUUUAUGUAUCGUCUCAGAAAAUGAUCGCUAUUUUAUUUAUUCAUUCCAAUUUAUUGCUGGCUGGAGAUUGGAGUGGAAUGGAGAAAUGGAUGGAUUGAAAAAACUGAUUCCAUUCGAUAUUUCUAAUCAAUCUUAUCUGUUAGCUCCCACCUCAAAAUUAAGUACUUUAUUUGCUGUUGUCAAACAUGGUUUAAAAUAAAUGUGUAACUGUUUAGU